GUUCUUGCUUUCUUUAUUUCUUGCAUUACUAAAUUCACUCACUAACGUCCCGACACCAUACAAGUAUACUAUACAAACCCCCCACCACCAUCUCCAUCUCCACCACCACCACCAUCAAAUUCACACGCAUCCCCACGGAUGCUUCCGUUUUUUAACCAAUCAGAGACUCGUCGCUGCAUAUCAAAGGAUGAGGUUAGCCAAUCAGAUGCGUUCACAACUUCCCGUGGACAGCUCUGGGUAUUUAUGAGGAGCAGAAACUCCUUUAGUCCAGCAGUAACCUACAGGAACCAACUCUGUGCAUGGGGCUGAGGAUCUGACACUAAGGAUCGGACAGUUCCUAGACUUUUUUUUUCUUGGAAGUAAACAUGGCUUCAAAUGGCAGUAGUGAGUGCUCUGGAAAAGCCAUCCAGUAUCGGGUGGACCAUCUGCUGAGCGCUGUGGAAAACGAGCUGCAGGCCGGCAGCGAGAAAGGAGACCCGACCGAAAGGGAGCUGAAAGUGAGUCUGGAUGAGAUCGAGUUGUGGCAGAAGUUUCGGGAGCUCACCAAUGAGAUGAUUGUAACCAAGAACGGCAGGCGCAUGUUCCCGGUUCUGAAAGUGAGCGUGUCCGGUUUGGACCCGAGCGCCAUGUACUCGAUCUUGCUGGACUUCUCGGCGGCGGACUCGCACCGCUGGAAGUACGUGAAUGGGGAGUGGGUGGCGGGGGGCCGCCCGGAGCCGCGCACCUCCAGCUGCGUGUACAUGCACCCCGACUCCCCAAACUUUGGAGCGCACUGGAUGAAAGCUCCGGUAUCAUUCAGCCGAGUGAAGCUCACCAACAAACUCAACGGUGGAGGACAGAUCAUGCUGAACUCUUUACACAAAUACGAGCCACGCAUCCACAUAGUACGUGUCGGAGGGCCGCACAGAAUGAUCACCAGCCAUUCCUUUCCUGAAACCCAGUUCAUAGCAGUCACUGCCUACCAGAACGAGGAGAUCACUGCACUCAAAAUCAAAUACAACCCCUUCGCCAAAGCGUUCCUAGAUGCCAAAGAAAGAAGUGAUCAUAAGGACAUACUGGAUGAAGCCAGCGAGAACCAGCAGUCUGGAUAUACGCAACUGAGCGGCUGGUUUCUGCCAGGCAGCGGAUCCCUCUGUCCUUCUGCCAACCCACACCCUCAGUUUGGUGGUGCUCUACCUGUGGCGUCCUCUCACGGUUGUGAACGUUAUUCUACGUUGAGAAGUCAUCGCUCCUCACCUUAUCCCAGCCCCUACCCUCACCGAACAACCUCCCCCACUGGUUACUCAGAAAACCCAUCAGCUUGCUUGUCCAUGCUGCCCACCCAUGAGAACUGGUCCAGUCAACAGAUGUCCUCUCACUCCAGCAUGGUGCCUAUGAACCAACACUCUCCUCCAAACUCCAACUCCAGUCAGUACACCAGUUUGUGGACUGUCGGAAACGCUCCUCUGACUCCGGUGUCUCAGACGGGCGGAAUGGCGAGCAGUUUGGGCUCACAGUAUCUCCGUGGCUCUGCCAGUCAUUACGCCAGCAUGUCUCACCCAGGCGCAGUGCCCAAUCCCGGAUCUCCUCUCUACGAUGGCACGCCUGCGACUGAGGUGCACAACUCAUCUCCGUACGAUAGUGCGACGCAUGUACGGCUAGCUGCGGCCUGGACAUCCAUCACACCUCCGUCCUUAUAGACAUCAGAGCACUGAUUUCCCAGUGAAGACUUCGGGUUUCUGAACUAGCACUCAAUCUAUGCAACAGCACAAUGAUAGGAAGCCUGGAUUCUUAUGUUCAACUGCAUUGAAUUGAGUUCUUUAUGCAGCGGGAAAGUCAGAGCGAUGACAGGCCUUGUCCGGAGUGUAAAUAUUACAGCUGCUUUCGUCAGUGCCUUUAGAUUUUUUUGUUGUUGUUUAAAUAUUGUGUACAACGUUUUAAAAUAUUACAAGUGGGAUUAUUUAUAGUUUGGCGAACGUGUUCUGUACAGACAAUCAGUUGUACAAAGUGUAAAUGGAUUUAUUUUCACCUCAAGAUUUCGUUUUCGUCAUAAGUCAUUCUUAUAAUGUUUUUCAUUUGUGCAACUCGGUUAGAGCUGCACAAC